GUUAAAUAUACUCCCCUGAAAGGAUAGGCCUGCAUCGGUCUAUCAUACUCCUACAACAAACUCCCCCUCCCUUGAGCCCCCUGCUCCACUUGCCGCCGCAGAACAAACUACGGUACUCGUACAAGUACAUAUCUCACAUCCCGCCCCUCCUCUCCUUCUUCCUCCUCUCCUUCCUCUUCCCCCAUUUCCUUUUCUUCCCUCGUGCCACUACCCUUCUCCUAUACGGUAACUUCUCUUCAUCCUCUGACCUCUCGUUAUCAUCCACAAUCAAUCAGAGCAAUAAUGUCUGCUGGUGCGCCCCCUCCCCCCAAUUACGCGGGAUCUCCUCCCCCGGGAGGAAAUUAUUACCCUCCUCCCCCAGAAAAAUCUCCCUACGGACCUGGAGGCCAAGCCCCACAGCAGCAGCAAUUCUCUCCUCCCCCCGGAGCGCCCCAACAACAAUACUAUCCUCCCCCUCCCCAAAAUUACCCUCCGCCAGGGCAUCCACCUCCACAGCAACAGUCUUUCCCCCCUCCGCCCCAGCAAGCACAACCCCCUCCCGCACAGCAACAGCAACCUUAUGAUUCUAAUCGCGCUUCAGUGCCUCCUCAACAAACCGCUUUUGACCCCUCUCGUGCUGGUCCACCGUCGCAGCCGCAACAGGUUGCCGCUGGUACUAGUGCCGGUACUAUCACGGAUACCUUAGGCAGUUUCAAUGGUGGAAGCUAUAGAAUCGACCAUAGAGACUGCAAUACCCUUUUGACCCUUAUGCUUGCUCACGGGUGCCCAGUGACCGCCAAACCCGGCGCCAUGGUAGCAAUGACUCCAACGGUAACGUUGAAAGGCUCCGUCAAGUUCUCCCUGAAGAAAAUACUUGCUGGAGGUGAAAUGGCGCAAUCAACCUACACUGGCCCUGGGGAAUUAUUGCUUGCGCCCGCGGCGUUGGGAGAUAUUGUCCCUAUCCGUUUGGAUGGUCAGCAGACUUGGAGUGUCGGCAAGGAUGCCUUCUUGGCUUGUACCCAGGGCGUUGUUAAGGACUACAAGAGUCAGGGAUUGGGCAAGGCAAUGUUCUCCGGCGAGGGAUUGUUCGUUUACAAGAUUUCUGGACAGGGAGUUUUGUUCGUGACUAGUUUAGGUGCUAUUAUUCAGAAGAAUAUGACCCAAGGUGAACAGUUCAUUGUUGACAAUGACCACUUGGUUGCCUGGAAUUGCAAGUACACCAUCGAACGUGUUGCCUCUGGUGGUAUCAUCAGCAGUAUGUCGGCUGCUGAAGGCUUGGUUUGCAGAUUUACCGUAGGCCCUGGAACAGUAUUCAUCCAAACUAGGAAUCCAACCGCCUUCGGCGCCUGGAUCGCCUCACAUGUACCGGCUAACCAGUAAAUCAGACUAGAAUUGGGGCCUGGUUUUGGGUUUUUGGAGGGGUUGUUCUCCUCUCGAGUUCUUUGGCCAGUUGGGCGACAGGGUUUUCAGCUGGGUAGCAUGGAGGUGGAAAUUGUUGGGGGGGUGGGGGUUUUUUUUUUUUAAAAAAAAAAAAAAAAAAAAGUGCACUAUGUACCUUCUAAGCGAUGGGAUUGAUGGGCGGGGUGAAAUCUGGGUAUCAUGUUACUUUGAUAUCUUUUC